CUUGUUGAGGGCGUCAAACGAGCAAAGGAAUCGCAUCAACCUUUCGCCGGCAUCACCACAUAGAGGUAUCGGCGAGCAUCGCAUCGUUCCCCUCCCCUGCUAGGCUAAGCGCCAAAGCAUACAUCCGCCGGACCUCGGUCGACGACGAGACACCCCGCGCCCUCUCCAUGGCAUCCAUCGACGUCGACAAUCUGCAGCCGCACGCCGUCCCUACACCUUCCUCUUUUACUACCCAUCCCCGUCAACAACCACAACCCGAAGCAGCCAUCGUCAUGUCAGCACCAGAGAGUCCAUCAUCUAAGCGGGCCACCACUUCAGCCGGUCUGCCCGCGAGCGCAUCCGCUUCUGCCUAUACCCAAUCUACUAGCAGUAGCGCAAGCAACCCACAGGCGUCACGCCACCCACCGAGCAAGAGCGCAACGGGUGGUCAGUCCCAUUCGCAUCGCCCCGUAUCCGCCAUGCCCACGCCAGCCAGCGGGAGCUCGCAGCAUCGUCAAGCGGCAGUCGAUUCGACGGCCGGCCUAGCAAACGGCGGUCAAGGCGCCUACGCCGAUCGACGUGCCAGUGCGCAUCCUACCGUACCCGUAUCCAGUCAGAGCGUCAUUGGCGGCCUGCCGCAGCUGGCCAUGUCCCCAUCCAUCGAUGCCUCGCUCCACUCGAGUGCGAUAAGCUCGGGCAUCCCGAUCACCUCGCCAGCAGCGCUGGCGUAUUUUGCGGCCCAUCCAAGGAGGCAGCAGGUGCACUUUGGGAGCUAUCUGCUGCUACAGACACUGGGUGAGGGAGAGUUUGGCAAAGUCAAGCUUGGUGUGCACAAGGAAUGGGGAGAGGAGGUGGCCGUUAAGCUUAUCAAGCGUGACAAGGUGGGAUCAGAGCAUGGCCAGCUCAAUCUGAGUGGACCACCCAAGGACCCGGCGAAGAUGAGCAAGGUCGAGCGAGAGAUUCAAGUCCUCAAGGACGUUCGCCACCCUAACAUCGUCCGCCUCUACGAAGUCAUCGAGUCGGAUCGCUUCAUCGGCAUCGUCCUCGAGUACGCCUCGGGCGGCGAGCUUUUCGAUCACAUUCUCGCACACAAGUACCUCAAGGAACGAGACGCCUGCCGUCUGUUUGCCCAGCUCAUCUCUGGCGUCAACUAUCUGCACCAAAAGAAGAUUGUACAUCGCGAUCUCAAGCUCGAGAACUUGCUGCUGGACCGCAACCGCAACGUCAUCAUCACCGACUUUGGAUUCGCAAACGACUUUGGCGAGCGACGUGACGAUCUUAUGGCAACGAGCUGCGGUAGCCCGUGCUACGCAGCGCCUGAACUCGUCGUGCAGGAUGGCCUCUACGCUGGCUCAGCAGUCGAUGUUUGGUCAUGCGGUGUGAUCCUCUACGCAAUGCUGGCAGGCUAUCUACCAUUCGACGAUGACCCGGCCAACCCAGAAGGCGACAACAUCAACCUCCUCUACAAGUACAUCAUGGCCACGCCCCUCUCUUUCCCCGAGUACAUCACCGCCGAGCCUCGCGACCUCUUGUCACGCAUGCUCGUUCCGGAUCCACAGCGCCGCAUCACGCUCGAGGGAGUCAUGGCGCAUAGCUGGCUCGCUCCGUACCGCGAGCUCUUCAAGUUCACCGUCGACGAGUUGGAGCGAGCAGCCAUCGAGCAACAGACCAAGAAGCGUCAGAUCUACCGUCAGCAGAUGCUCCUCCAGCAGCAGAUGCAGGAGCAGCAGCGUCAGGCCCAGCGCAAUGGUCUGCCUGCGUCCAGUGUUUCGGUGGCCACAGGUCUGGCGCCGCAGAGCACCAAGGCUCAGCGUCAUCAGAGCGCUACACCAACGUAUGCCACGCCCACUUCGCCGCCUCCCGUCACUCGCUCCCAAUCGAAGGCGGCAGCGGCAGCGGGUGUUCCCGAUCUCCCAACACCUCCUGCCGCUGUCGCAGAACCGCUGCGCGACAACACAAAUACCGCCCGCGAUGCAGCAGCGAUGCCUCCUCCGCCUACUCCAGCUCGCGUCCCUGCCGCCUCGAAGCCACAACGCCACACCAUCCAGCUCGAGUACGAGGACCAGUCGACGCCCAAGAAGCGAGCUCCGGCCGCAGAUGGCGUCCAUCGCUCCCCUGGCAGUCGAUCGAAGAUUGCAAAGAAGAUCAGUGCGCCGAGGAUGGCCGCCUCGAACUCGGAUUUGGGCAAGGCACCCAGCGAGGCAGAGGAGGCAACACCGCCUGCUGUGCCCGCCAUCCCAGUGUUGGUACCAGAGGCCGAGCAGGUCACCUCGAAUCGCGCAGCCUCAGGGACCGAACCCAGCAAAUCGCCCACCAAAGAGGGCAGCGCUGCGACGACUCCCAAGGAGACCACAACGGACAGCCGCGUUGGCAAGGGCAGGCCCUCUGGCAGGGCAUCCACAGCUACCGGCACUCCUCGAAAGGACUCACUCGGGCAGCGAGGUUCGUCCAAUCCCUUGCCUGCAGAGGUUCCCUUCCCUCCGCCUGCGGAUCGUGCCUUCUCAGCCGGAGCCAACGCCAACGGCACCACGCCCAGCAAGACCGGUCCGCGCCCAUCGACGACGUCCAGCCCGCCCUCAGCUGGAGCCCGCACUGCCGCUCGUCAUCGCAAGGGCAUGUCGACGGACAAGAAUUUCCUUGCUCGUCUAUUGGGCGCUCCGCCCUCCUCGUCCGACAUUCGCGCCUCGAACGCGAGCAACGACACGACGACAUCUACCGACAGCAAAGCUACCACGACUGCGCCGUCCGCUGACAAGCCUGGUAAUCGCUCUGGUAGCGCCAGGAGAAAGGCAAUGAGCCUCGUCGUUGGACCGAGGCCAUCGACCGAGCAGCAGAAUCGCAAGGAGUCGUCCGCUUCGUCCAAAGCGGCGAAGGAAGAGAGGCGCUUGACUGGCAGGCUGAGGCUGAGCUCCACGACUAGUCAGUCGAGUCGACCUGGCACGGCUGCGAACAGCAAAUCGCCCACCAGUCAGCAAGGGUCCUUCCGCCCGAGUACGGCCACCAGCUCCAAGCCCGCUGCUACGCCCGCCAAUGUUACGACGGGCCCGCAGACUCGCUCCUCAACUCGAGCCCAGGCCGCCGAUUACCCAUCGUCGACGGUCGGCCCGUCGUCGAGCGCUGCAAAGAAGGUCAUGGACUGGUUCAGGAAGAAGAGUCUGGCGCGUGGCGGGACAUUCAACGAGCAGAGCCCGCUGCCGCCAUUCGAGCAGAGUCGUCCGGCCCCACAGCGCGAGUCAUCGUCGACUGGGCGGGCUGCCGCGCCUGUAGCUGCCCCUGCUACUGGAUCCCAACGUGCAGCAUCGACGGCCUCGACGCUCGAGGCUCCCAAGGUCAUCGUAACUGGUGGAGACGAAGCCGCGCCUCUCUCGGAAGGUGGCGGCCCCUCGUCUCGCUCAACAUCCGGCGCUUUCAGCCAUGUAAGCGCCUCGACCGAUGCCACGAACUUGACGGAUGCCAGCAACGUCAAUGUCAGUGGAAGCGAGCAACUCACUCCUUCUAAGUCCUCGUACAACACGCGCAGUGCGGCUGCGGCUGCAGCUGCCGCCUCGUCCAACCUGUCGACCCCACGCGCCUCUUCCAAUCCCAUUGCCGCGGGCGGCGCCUCCUCGUACAACGAGAACGCCAUGCGCUUUCACCUCGGCGCAGUCGAUCAGUCCGCCCUUACCUCACGCCCUCCUCCCCAAGUCUUUGCGGAGGUCUGCCGAGCCCUGCACGACAUGGGCAUCGAAGCACGCAAGGAGAGCGAGGAGGAGUUCAAGCUUGAGUGUGUGCGCAGGCGCAAGCCCAACAAGAGUGCGCUCAUUGGCGCCACGCAAGGCUUGGGGAUGAGCAUCCGCACGUCGGUCUUCCCACCCAGCCAGGCGGAUUAUGAGAAGGGCCCAGGAUCGAGUGGUACGAGCGCGGCGGGGAUGAGCAUGAGCCCGUCUUCUUCGGGUAUUCGCUCCUUCCUGCGACGAGGUAGCAACCAGGUCUCGCCUUCGAUGAGCAGCGUCGCCUUGCCUGAUGUGGGUGGCGAGGGUCAGCAGUCUGUCCCGCCUACCAUCUAUGGCGAGCCUCGUGUGGAUGGAGGACAGGAGGUACGGUUCAGCGUGGAGAUUACGCGCAUCAAGAACUUGCAUGGCCUCUACAGCCUCGACAUCAGAAGGUUGCGUGGGCCGCUCACAAGCUACAAGUUCUUGUAUCACCGCGUGCUCAUGAGUACGGGAUUGGCCGAUGGGGAGCAGCGUUGAGCGUUGAGCGUCGAGCGCGGCGCUGAGCUGUUGCCGCGUCGAGGGGAGCGGUGAUGGAGAACAGAGGGAAGAGAAUGGCUGUCGUCGUCGUCGUCGUCGUCAUCGUCGCC